AUGGCACAUUGGAUAACUCAUAGAGGAGAGAAAUCUUACCUACGUAACAAAUGUGGGAAAUUUUUCUGCCAUAAGUCAACGCUCACUAUACAUCACAGAACUCACACUAGAGAGAAAAGCAGUAGACCAUAUGAAUGUAGCCAGUAUGGGAGAAGCUACUGCCGGAAGUCGGCCCUCACUCGCCAUCAGAGGACACACACAGGAGAUAAACCCUACGAGUGUAAUGAAUGUGAGAAAACCUUCCACCAGAAGUUCUCCUUUGUUCAACACCGGCGAACUCACACUGGGUAG